AUCUAACAUCAAUGGAGUUUGUGACUAUUGUUCUUGGUUUCUUCUUGUUGUAUGCACUUAUUCAAGCCACUUUCUCAGUUUUUGGCAUCGGCCGAUCCAAGAACCUACCUCCAGGUCCAACCCCAUUUCCGAUCAUCGGAAACCUCCACUUGCUCGGGGACCAACCACAUCAGUCCCUAGCCAAGUUAGCCAAAAUCCAUGGCCCAAUCAUGUUCUUAAGACUCGGUCAGAUCAACACACUUGUCAUCUCCUCGGCCGCUGCCGCCAAAGAAGUCCUCCAAAAACAAGAUCUUGCUUUCUCCACCCGCCAUAUCCCAGAUGCCCUAACCGCCCACAACCACGCUCAACACUCCACCAUAUGGCUGCCAGUUGGCCCCAGGUGGCGGACCCUCCGCAGGUUCCUCAACAACAACAUCUUCUCCGGCGACUCCCUUGAUGCCAACCAACACUUGCGGAACCAGAAAGUGCAAGAGCUUGUUGCAUACUGCCGGAAAGCCAGCCGGUGUAAUGAAUCGGUGGAUGUCGGCCGAGCUGCUUUCAGAACCAGUCUGAAUCUGCUAUCAAAUACCAUUUUCUCCAAGGAUUUAACAGACCCAUUUCAGGAUUCUGGUAAAGAAUUCAAGGAGGUGGUUGGAAACAUCAUGAUGGAGGCUGGGAAGCCAAAUCUGGUGGACUAUUUCCCGGUGUUAAGAAAGAUCGAUCCACAAGGGAUCAGGAGGAGAAUGACUCGUCAUCUUGGGAAGAUUCGUGGGAUUUUUGAGGAGUUGAUUAACGAAAGAUUGGUGAUUAACAGAUUGAACCAAGAUGAUGUAUUGGACAAGUGCUUAAAAAUCUAUCAAGAGAACCCAGAUGAGAUCAAUCGGCCACACAUCAUGAGCUUAUUAUCCGAUCUGUUUCUUGCUGGCACUGAUACGACUUCAAGCUCUGUAGAAUGGGCAAUGACAGAAGUAAUACGUAAACCACACAUCAUGGCCAAAGCUAAACUGGAGCUCGAAGAAGUAAUUGGCAAAGGUAAAAUUGUAGAAGAGGUUGACUUGAAGAGGCUAACCUACUUAUGGUGCAUUGUCAAAGAGACCUUAAGGAUUCACCCGCCCGCCCCCUUCUUGGGCCCUCGAAAAAUCGAGAAUGAAGUCAAGCUUAAUGGCUACACCAUCCCUAAGGACACACAGGUACUUGUGAAUGCAUGGGCCAUAGGACGAGAUCCAACUAGCUGGGAGGACUCGUUGGAGUUCAAGCCGGAAAGAUUCUUGACCUCUAAGAUUGAUGUGCAAGGUCGUGAUUUUGAGUUGAUUCCGUUUGGUGCUGGACGAAGAAUAUGCCCUGGUUUGCCGCUUGCAAUUCGUAUGAUUCCUAUGAUGUUGGGUUCAUUAAUCAAUAACUUUGAUUGGAAUCUUGAUCAUGGAAUUGGACCAGAGGAUUUGGAUAUGACAGACAAAAUUGGAAUCACCUUACACAAGGCUGACCCUCUUUGUGUUGUUCCAAAGCUCCUCAACUAGCCAGAUUGGAGAUGUAAUCUUAUGCUCUCUCAAACGAACCUUUUUCCGACAUACCUUAAUUUGGGCUAACGCCAUUCAACACAAGAUAUAGAAUGUGAUACUUAAAAAAACAUUGUCAUUGUUAAAAAAUAAUACAAACAAUCCUCGAUAUGAUAUACAAGAUACAUACAAUAUCCACACUAUGAUACCUAUUGUAUACACGUUGUAAUAUACAUUGUGAUACUCAUUGUAUGAAUGUUGAUACCCAUUGUUUACAACGUAUUCACAGUUACGAGCGUUGUGAUACCCAUUGCAUACACGU